AUGUUCAAAGUUGUAUUUCUUCGACAGGAGGAAAGUCGUUGCUAUCCAAACCCAUGCCAAGAAAACACAUACUGUGUAGAAGCUUCAAACAACCAAUAUGUGUGUGUUACAUUUGAUGUACCAUGCGACUCUACCCCAUGUUUAAAUUCUGGAACAUGCCGUAAUGGAGUGAAUAUAUACACAUGCACUUGUCCAAGUGGAUACUAUGGAACAAUCUGUCAAUCUACACCUUGCACUAAUAUACAAUGUAGCAAUGGCGGACACUGUGUAAUAUCCGGCUCCGGUUGGUACUGUUCCUGUCCGUCUGGUUACUACGGAUCAUACUGUCAGUAUGAUCCAUGUACAGGCGGAUGUAGUAACGGAGGGAGCUGUGAAGUUGUCGGUUCAAGAGCAAAAUGCUGUGUGUCGUCGCUAUGGAGUUCUGACAAGUGUGAAUACCAGAGCAAAUAAAGAUGGAGAAACAGGAACAAAUUAUCGGUUUUAAGGAAAACGUUGAUAAUAACUCACUAGCAAUUUUGACUGAAAUAAAACAUUCCAAUUGA